AUGGGGGAAAUGAGAGUAAUAACCCCAUCAGAAGUAGAUGUUCUUCUACUAGCAGAUGCUUGUGCCAUGAGAUUUAAAGUGAAAAUUCCACUGCCUGGUCUAGGACCGGCAAUAACGUUUACUACAAAACACAAAUUCCAUAAACUUUAUAGGAUUGUUAUUGGUCGCCAUACUAAAGUCAUAGAUUUGACUUCUGAUGAACAACAGGUGACUGUAUUUGCAUUACAUAAUGUUGAUUUACAACAUCCAGAGUUUUGGAUAACAUGGUACAACAAGACAAUUAAAAUGGGGUUAUGGGGUAAACAACAUCCCUUCUUAGUAUAUCCUAUGCAUACUGAUUUAGAAAUAGGAUAUGUGCAGUUUAACACACUGAGCGGAAAUUGGGCACCAGUGGAAUGGAUUGUUGAAACUUCGCCAGUUAUUUUGAAGGAAAUGCCAAGCCGAACAUUUGAAAGUAAACUUUGCUGGGUUUCACCGCAGGGUGAUAAGCUGCCAGCAAAUGCUAUGAUUGGCGGAUUUGAAUUUGAACCUACUUACAUAGCUAGGGCACACCAUAACCAUUCACUUUGUCCUGGCAAAUAUGUACCAUCGAAAAAGCUUGCCUAUGUACCAUGGGGUUUCAGAGAACACGCGAAGAGAGAUUAUGAGAUCCUAUGUGGUUACAAUGCGAUAUGGGUAAAAACAAAGUUAAACUACAUUCCAACCAAUGCUGUCAUCGGUGGACGCUCUGAAGUGCACAAUGAGCCUCUGUACAUAGGCCGAGCUAUGCACGACGGCAAGCUUUUAACAGGCAAAGUACACAUUCGGUACAAAACUUGUUAUUUACCGUACAACGGUCAGGAAAUCGAAGUUAGUUCGUAUGAAAUAUUAGUUAUUCCCGAAGAUGAAAUAAAACAAACUAUACCGUUCAAUUUACAAGCAAAAGUAAAAAUUAUAUAG